GGCAUACAGCGCUGCCAUUUGCUCUUCCAUCGCAGCUCGCGGAAACGACGGAGAUCACGCUGCGCUUAACCGUCUUUAUAAGAAUUUGUCUGGCGUUGCUGGUUAUCGGUGUGAUUAGCGGUAUAAUUCCAGCGGAUAUGUUGGUGAAGCUGGUCGGUGCGGGACUGCUGGCCGGCGUCCUGCUGGUCACGUGGACGACGGUGGAGGCGCUGCCGGUGGACGCCGAUGUGGAGGCCAAUGAUAGCGCCGAGCCGCAGGACGCCGCGGGACUGUGGAUGGUGGAGGCCGUGAAGCGCGACACCAACCGCCUGUACGGCCUGCAUCCGGCGCUGCGCUACCGCUGGCCGGCCGCUCUGCGCCGCGCCUACCUGGAGGGACUGCGCGUGCCCCCCAUGCUCGUCAACAAGCGCUACGCCUACGCCCUCGACGAGCCGCCGGAACCCAAUGAGUUCCUCGGCAAAUAAACCGCGUUCAUCCUGUCCCGCAUUUGUUUCAUUAGUUUCUCAUUACUCUGCAAUAAAAUGAAUAGUCUCAUCUUCGGAAGUACACAGUCGCAGUUGUGAUUGCCGGCUUUCGGUUUUUUUUGCUGAUUUUACUAAAGCGUUGUGCUUGUGUGAAUAUACUCGCUAAGUGUUUUGCUGAUGGAAACGUUGCUGCAUCAAAACGGUCAUACGGAAA